AACCCACCUCCCACCAGGACUCAGUCUUGUUGCUUGUUAUCAGGAUAAGCACCACAAAGAAGGAAGCAAGCACCACAAUCAUCAACCAAGACUCACGAUGGCGCCAUCUUUCGAACAGCUCGACCCGGACCUUGACCUGGAAGACGAGGAGAUCGACUUCAGCGACCUCCGCGAGCAGUAUGAGGUCCGCAUGGAGGAAGGCCUCGAUGCCUUCGUGGUCGUUGACGGCCUGCCCAAAGUCACACCGGAGCAGAAGGACAAGCUUGUCAAGUUCCUGUUGCGGAAGCUCACGACCGCCGGAAAGACUACACAGGAUAAUGUGUACAUGCCAAUGAACGAAGAAGGCAAUAUGAGCGAAGGCUUUGCGUUUGUUGAGUACGAGACUCCGGCCCAAGCUGCCGCUGCCAUCAAAGCGCUGCAUGGUACCGCGCUGGACAAGAAGCACACCAUCGCCGUCAACAAGCUUACCGAUAUCGAGCGCUAUGGCCGAGAAGGCAGGAUCGAGGAGGAUUACACCGCGCCGGAGAUCCCCGAGUUUCAUGAGAAGGAGCAUCUGCGGUGGUGGCUUGGCGAUCCUGAGGGACGAGACCAGUUCGCCAUUUACCGCGCCGAUAACGUAGGCGUCUUUUGGAAUGAGCGGGAGGACCAACCGGAGCCGAUCGUCGACCGCCUCAAUUGGACCGAGUCAUUCGUGCAGUGGUCUCCCAAAGGCACCUAUCUCACUUCCGUCCACGCACAGGGUACGCAGCUCUGGGGCGGUCCCACCUGGUCACGGCAGAAGCGCUUCAUGCAUCCAGGCGUCAACCUUGUCGACUUCUCCCCUGACGAGCGCUACCUCACCACUUGGUCGCAUCAGCCGAUGCAGGUCGAUGAGAACCACGCUACUUUAACGAUCGAGGAAGAUGGCAAGAACUACAUCAUCUGGGACAUCGCCACAGGCAAGCCUCUUCGCUCAUUCGUCACUCUCGACCCGCCCGGCCCACGCACAGAUACUGAAGGCAACCCGAUCAAGAAAAAGCUGCAAUGGCCUGCGUUCAAGUGGUCUGCCGACUCCAAGUAUGUAGCCCGCAUGAACCACGGCCAAAGUGUCAGCGUCUACGAAUUGCCGCGCAUGAACCUCAUGGACAAGCAAAGCGUCAAAAUCGAAGGCAUCGUCGACUUCGAAUGGUCUCCCACGAAUCCCCAGCGUGACAAUGUACGAGACUACGAGCAACUCUUCUGCUACUGGACGCCUGAGAUGGGCAGCAACCCGGCCAAAGUCGGUCUCAUGAGCAUUCCCUCCAAAGAGGUUGUCCGCACGCGCAACCUUUUCAACGUCUCUGACGCGAAGCUGCAUUGGCAAUCCGACUCCGCCUUCGUCUGCGUCAAAGUGGACCGGCACAGCAAAAGCAAGAAGUCACUCGCCACGAACCUUGAGAUCUUCCGCGUGCGGGAGAAGGGCGUUCCUGUUGAAGUUGUGGACAACAUCAAAGACACCGUCAUCAACUUCGCAUGGGAGCCGAAGGGUGACCGUUUCGUCCUUAUCACCGCAGGUGAAGUGGCCGUCGGCUCCGCCGUCCCACCGAAAACGGCCGUAUCGUUCUACUGUCCCGAAAAAGCCAAGGGCACCGCCGUCGGAAACUUCAAGCUCAUCCGUACGGUGGAAAAGAAGAACAACAAUGCUAUUCACUGGUCGCCGUCAGGUCGUUUUGUACUGGUAGCUACCGUGCUAAACCAGGCCAGCUUCGAUCUCGACUUCUGGGACUUUGACUUUGAGGGAGAGAAGGAAGAGAAGGAGAAGGAUCUCACCGCCAAUCUCCAGCUCAUGUCUACACAGGAGCACUACGGCGUCACGGACAUUGAGUGGGAUCCAUCCGGGCGAUUUGUGGCAACAAGUGCGAGCGUGUGGAAGCACCGCGCAGACAACGGGUACAAGCUGUACACCUUCUCCGGCCAGCAGCUGCGUGAGGAGUCCCUCGAGAAUUUUAAGCAGUGGGCGUGGCGACCUCGGCCGGAGCGUCUCCUCAGCAAGGAGGAGAUGAAGAAUGUGCGCAAGAAUUUGAGGGAGUACAGUCGUGCGUUCGAAGAGGCCGACUCCGCGAAGAGGAGCUCGGCGGAUAAGGCGGUUGUGGAAGGCAGGCGGAGGCAAUUGGAGGAGUGGUUGGCGUGGCGGGAGCAGGUUGUGGAGGAGUUGGUGGAGGAGAGGCGGGAAAUGGGCCUGCCGGAUAUUAGCGAAGAAAUGGCCGCGCUGGUGGUGGACGAGGAGGAAGAAGGGGAUGCCAAGGUGGUUGACGAGGUGUUCGAGGAGAUUAUCGAGGAGAAGGAUGAGAUUCUGGAGGAGUGAGGUAAAGUAGGGCGUGUCCUUUGUGAGGAUGAGGAAGAAGAGGGACGUGACAGGCAUGAUGUGUUGUGUGUUGUGUCGCGUGCGAUACG